CGCGCGGACAGGAUAUCCGGUGUUGUACAUUCCGACACUAGCCGAAUUCCAUACACUGAGCUGUCUGCUAGAUACAUUAUUCAUAUUUUUGGACUUAUUUAUCAUAGUAUUGUUGUUUUUCAUUUUCAACCGUUAAAGGGAAAGUAUUUAGAACCAUGCGGCUCAAAACGUCGCUUCAGAAGGAGCCGAAACAUACAGAGUUAGUCAGCUGUGUAGGCUGGACUACACCGGAGGAGUUGUAUUCCGGGGCAGAUGACCACCUUAUCUUGAGAUGGAACCUCGUCAACAACGAGACUGCCUCUCUGGUCAAACUGCCUGAUGACGUGUUUCCAACAGAUAUGCACUGGUUCCCAAAGGCUGCUACUGGUGGAGGGAAGAAAACUGGAUCCGACCUGUUCUCCUUGACUUCUACAGAUGGCAAGUUCCACAUCAUUGGCAAGACUGGCCGCGUGGAGAAGAGUGUGGAGGCCCACAAGGGGGCGGUGCUCUCCGGGAGGUGGAGCUAUGAUGGCUCCGCCCUCCUCACAGCAGGGGAAGACGGACAGGUGAAAAUCUGGUCCAGGAGCGGCAUGCUGCGGUCUACACUCACACAGAACAGCACAGCUGUGUACGGUGUGGCGUGGGGACCUGACUCAGACCAGGUGCUCUUCACCAACGGACGCCAGCUGGUGAUCAAGUCCCUGCAGGCCAAUGCCAAGCCAACCAUGUGGAAGGCACACGAGGGGGUCAUACUGCAGGUUGACUGGAACCCUGUCAACAGCCUCAUACUGUCUGGGGCGGAGGAUUGCAGAUACAAGGUGUGGGACACGUACAGUCGUCUGAUGUACUCCAGCUCGGCCCAUGACUACCCCAUCACCUCAGUAGCCUGGACACCUGACGGAGAGCUGUUUGCUAUUGGCUCCUUCAACACACUGAGGCUGUGUGAUAAGGCUGGGUGGUCAUACGCUCUAGAGAAGCCCAACACAGGCAGCGUAUUCAAGCUGAGCUGGUCCAGCGAUGGUACGCAGGUGGCAGGAGCAUGUGGCAACGGACAGGUUCUUAUUGGUCACAUCUUGGAGAGGCGACUAGAGUGGAGCAACUUUGAGGCAACAGUUACAGAGAGUAAGAAGAUUGUGGUCAGAAAUGUGCUCAAUGACAGCUACGAUAAGCUGGACUUCCGAGACAGAGUGAUCAAAGCGAGCCUAGCCUUUGGACACCUUGUAGUGGCCACAUCCUCUCAGUGCUACAUCUACAGUUGGGGAAAUUUUCUGCAAUGUGUCAAGAACUUCAACACUCCGAUGAUAUUUGACCUGAAGGAAGGAAAUGUGUCUCUCAUCAUGCAGGCUGAAAAACAUUUCUUGCUGGUGGACACUGCGGGUGUCUACGUGUUCACCUACGACGGUAGACUGGCCUGCUCCCCAAAGUACCCUGGUCUCCGAGCAGACAUUCUCAAUGCACAGACGGUCUCCAUCAGCAAUGACACAGUCGCCAUCAGGGAUAAAGCAGAUGAAAAAGUGGUUUAUGUAUUUGAUGCUCAAAGUGGGAAACCUCUUGGAGAUGGAAAACCUAUCACUCACAAGUUGGAGGUGAGUGAGGUGGCACUGGACCAAUGUGGAACAGCGGGUGAGCGCCGCCUGGCCAUCAUAGACAAGAACAGGGACCUGUAUCUCACCUCUGUCAGGGUGUUCGGAACAGACAGGAAAACUGUGAAACUAGGAACCAUGAUCAUGUCACUGGCCUGGAAUGACAACACCAACAUGCUGGCUGCGCUGGCCGAUGGCAAGUUCACAGUAUGGUACUACCCCAGCGCUGUCUACGUGGACAGAGACCUGCUGCCUAGGACAGUCUUUGAGAAAGAAGCCAGUGAGUUUGGUAAAAACCCUCAGCUGCUGCAGUUUGUUGGUAACCAUGUGGUGAUACGCCGUGCAGAGGGUUCCCUGGUGAGCACAAGUAUCUCCCCCUACCCUGCCAUCCUGCACAGCUACGUGCAGGCUGGGCGCUGGGACGAUGCAGUCAGGCUCUGCAGAUUUGUCAAGGACGAGAUGCUGUGGUCGUGCCUGGCCUCCAUGUCAGCCUACGCGAAGGAGCUGAACACAGCAGAGAUUGCCUAUGCAGCAAUACAGGAGGCAGACAAGGUUCAGUUCAUACUGAACAUCAAGGACAUCCCGGUUAAGGACGCCCGCAAUGCUGAGAUGGCCCUGCUGUGCGGGAACCCCCAGGACGCAGAGGCCAUCUUGCUGCAGGCCGGGCUUACGUUCCGCGCCAUCAUGCUCAACAUACAGCUCUACAACUGGGACAGAGGCCUGGAGUUAGCAGUGAAACACAAGACUCACGUUGACACAGUGUUGGGGUACAGACAGAAGUACAUGGACCAGUAUGGGAAAUCAGAGACCAACAAACGUUUCCUGCAAUAUAAGGAGGGGAUUGAGAUUGACUGGGAGAAGAUAGAAGCCAAGAUUGAGAUGGAGUACCAGAAGGAACGUGAGCGCCCAGACCGGCCGGUAUCCACGGCAACCACCGCCUCCCAUGCGCCCAGCGGACCUGGAGGUCACAGGCCAGCAGUAAAAACGGGUUCCUAGUUGUUAAAGACUUGUGAAAAUUGUUCUUAGAUUUAGGACUUGCUAUUUUUGGCAGUCUUUUAAUCCCUAUGUAUGAGUAUAAGAAAUAAUUUCUGAGUGUCUUUAACAGUAAUAUACAGUCUCAGUGAAAAAUCAUGGUGGUCUGAUGGUUGUUAGUGUUACAUGUCAAAGUGUAAUGUAGAGACAACAGGACAUUUAUAUUUCAGUUCAAUUUUGAAAGUUUUUUUUUCAAAUCAAUAUAGUGGAACUGCUGUUCUAAUAAUUUAAAAACAACAUUAAAUCAACUUGAAAAGACUGCAGUAUUUCUUUAUAGUGCUGGCUGGACAGCUGGUCCAUGUUGCCUCCUGGCGUAUAUGUAUGCUAGAGUAAUUGGGUUGUAUUGUUUUGAUUCAAAUGCUUGAUUAAUUUACUUGAUUACUAUUUACAUUCCGUCCAAACUAUAUGUUGUGUAUUCUUCUGUAAGUACCAUGUUCAAAGUAAUUCACAUUUCUUUGUUGUGGAAGAUUGUUCCCAGAAAUAUUUUAAAGAAAUGUGAGAAAUAUUUAUUGUUUAUUUAUUGUUUCUUGUCACAAUAUAUAUGUAUGAAAUUAUUGUAGAUGAUACUUUACAAUACAAAUUAAAUAAUGGAUACUUAGAAA